UGCUUGAGUAGACAUCUUUAUUUAUCCACCAUCGUUGGCUAGAGACCUUGAUUCUCAACGCUCGCUGUUUUCGCUGAUGCCAUGCUGGGCUAGGGGCUUCGGAGAGAAAAGGCAUUUGCCUGUAUCCGGGUUAGACAUGGAAGGAAAAAAGUUUCAUGUCUGUCUGAAAACGUAUAACAUGAGCUUGCUCUAACAGACGGUAUUUAUGCGGAUAUUCGAUACUCUUGCGCUUUUUGAUUUUACGCUAACGUCGUUUUCUUGUUAGCUAACGUUAGCUGUCUGGCUUCUUUUGUGUUCUGCUUUUCUUCCUCUUUUUUUUUUUUCAUUAGCCAGUUAGCUUGCUAGCUUGACUGGACUUUAUGCCUGAGAUGUGGACUUGAUCAUGGCCGCACAAGUGGCAACAGCCCCAACAUCAAAUGGUAAGAAAAGGUCGAAUUUAACCAGUAACUUGAGUCAAGAUUUGAAAUCUGGCAAGUCUGGAGUAGUUGGUGGAGCUGUGCUUGGGGUAGGAAAUGGGACUAGCGUUCAUGCUAUGAAUAAUGUAGAACGCCAUGAACUGAACCCGACCAGUAGAGCUCGAGCUUCUCCUGCAAACAACGAUUCGAAUCCACGUGAGAAGGAAAGUAGAGAUUCUAGAUCGGCGUCUUUUUCGACUUCAAAUUCUAGCAUGGAGACGGGAAUGUUUGUGAGUCAUAAAGUGAAAAAUGUUGGUGGCGAAGAUACUCCAUCUCUCCACCACACACCUCCUCAGCAACAGCCAUUCAACCAAUUCAUUCAGCACCAACAACGCCAAAUUCAGAACAACAACCAGCAGUCGCUACAUGGAGAAAGUGGAAACCGCCAACAUGGAGGAAAAGGGAAUGUUGUUUUAGGGAAUACAGUCGAACGCCAUCAGCAACAGGAAAUGCUGAAUAAAAAUGAGGACGACCAACCGAGCAAAACGGAAGACCGGUUGGACAGCAGGUACGAGCAUGCCAGUUCGGGACCAACGAAUAACAACAUCAACCCGUCCCAAAGUGGUACCAGCUCAGUUUCGGAGUUUAAUAGUUAUUAUGGAAAUGGUAAAGGAGGGCCUUGCUUUGAUCAACAUGGCGGACAACAAAGCCCUGGGUCUGGGAUAAUGCAUUCGGUACAACAGAAUAUGGAUCAAGUUCAACAAAACUCCCACGAAGGGUACCACAACAACCCGUACAACCACUACCCGACUUACCGCCCUGGCUACGGUAAUAGUGGAUAUGGGAUGAUGAGUCCCUCUCGGCAGGGGAACAACAUGAUGGGCCUAGGCAGCAACACGGCUGCUGCUAAUCAUAGCAAAGCUGCCAUGGCCGCUGCCUCUUCUGGUGGUGCUAAUGUUGGAGGGUUUCAGAGAUUUCCAGGGCAAACUCAGCAACAUCCUUCGGGGGCUACCCCAACUCUAAACCAGCUACUGACAUCCCCGAGCCCUAUGAUGCGGGGCUAUGGCGGUGGCUAUCAAGAUUACACUAAUCCCUCUGCUCAACAACAACAACAAUCAAGCAUGGGGCUGACCAAAGACAUAAACCCCCAAUACGGUUCAGUUACUCAUGUUUGGGGAGGACAACAAAGAAAUCACCCAGCCAUGAGCCCUGGAAACAACGGACAAGGAAGCGGCAGAUCACAGGUGCCACCCAUGGAGGCCAUGGCCAUGAAGCGCUCUCAGCUCUAUGGCAUAGGCAACAACCCUUACUCCCAGCAACAACAGGGCGGGGGCGGGUCUUACCCUGGCCAGCCAUACGGAUCGCCUUCUCCUCACCGCUAUCCAAUGGGAAUGCACGGGAGGGGUCAGGUGGGCAUGAGUGGAAUGCAGUAUCCUCAACAGCAGCAGCAGAUGGUAGCCCAGUAUGGACAGCAGCAUCAGGGGCAGCAGGGUGGCAUGGGUGGGUACUGCCAGCCGCAGGGCCAGUCCCCGUACUUCAGCCUUCCCCAGCAACAGCCCACCGCCCCCACACAGCCCCCCUACAUGCAGCCACGCCCACCACCACCACAACAGGAUGUGUCACAGGAGGGCUAUGGCAACAGGGGCCAGUCUGCUAUGACCCCUGGGAAGCCCAACCAUGAGGAGAUGGGCCUCAGCCAGCAGGACAGACCUUCCAGUCUACCUGACCUGUCUGGCACCAUAGAUGAUCUUCCUACGGGCACAGAGGUGGCCGUCAGCUCAGCGGUCAGUGCUUCGGGGUCCACCAGCAGCCAGGGCGAGCAGAGUAACCCGGCCCAGUCGCCUUUCUCACCCCACGUAUCCCCGCGCCUUCCUGGCCUGCGCAGCGGCCCCUCGCCCUCCCCCGUGGGAUCACCCGUUGGCUCCAGCCAGUCACGCUCUGGCCCAAUCUCCCCCGCCAGCGUCCCAGGCACCCAGAUUGCCCCCCAGACCCCUGGGAACAUGUCUGAUGUGGGCUCCCAUUCCACCCUGAGCCAGUCCCCCAUGUCUCAGGAGAGAGGGUUCCCACCUGCCAUGCAGCGGAACACCCCAGGCCCCCAGCAGUUUGGCCCCCAGCAGUCGGGCCAGGGGCCCCCCGUGUCCCCUCACCCUUCCCUGGGGGGCUCCAUGCACCCAGGCUCCUAUCAUCAGCAGCAGCAGGGGGGCCCUGGCCCCUCGUACGGAUCCCAGACCAGCCAGUACGGCCCCCAAGGUAACUACCCCAGGCCCUCGAACUACGGCGGGGCUCCCAGUGCCAACUACAGUGGCCCCGGCCCUGGCAUGAGCAACAGUUUGGGCAUGAACGCCAGCAGCCCCAUGCAUGGCCAGGGCCCCGGACAGCCCUGUGGCUCCAUGCCCGCCGGGCGAGGCUUGGGUCCGGGGGCCAGCGGGCGCCCCUACCCCUGUGCCCCCACCAACACCAUGGCCCCCACCUCUCCCAGCAUGCCGCAGCCUGCCGGACAGGGUCAGGGCAUGAGACCGCCCCUGCCCAAUGUUAAUCGCAAGCCGGGCCACGAGGCAGGCCCCGGCCCCAACGCCAUGCAGGGUCCAAACGCUGGUCCCAACCCCUCUGCCCAGGGCCGGCAGGGAAUGACCCCCAUGCCACACCACCCAGGCAUAAACCCCAUGGGCCCCGGAGGUGUGGGCCCCGGCCCCGGAGGUGUGGGCCCCAGCCCUGGAGGUGUGGGCCCCAGCCCUGGAGGCCUCUACAGCCAGCAGCCAGGGGCUAACACCUCUGGAAGGAUGACCCCACAGGGGCCCCACCCGCUCUACAACGCACCCCCACCCUCAGGGCCCAUGCAGAUGGGAGGAGAGGGGAUGGUGGGUCCCGCUGACCCCAAACGGAGACCUCCAGAGCAGCACAGGGAGGGCAACACUCCUGCCCCUGCCGUCGAACCACCACCUAAACCCAAGGACCGCUACAGCUCCUCUCAGUGUAUGUCCCAGCCCCCCACCCCCUGUCCCCUGUCCCCCAGCCCUGCUAGUCUGUCCUCUUGUCACGGGGCGCAGGACAGCAGAGAUAUCAUUAGCAGCCACCCUGCUGUCGCUGGGGCCUGGCCAAAGACCCCCACCAGCCCUAAGCCCAGCCCGGCCACCAUGACCAAUGAGAAGAUCCGCAUCCUGUAUGAGAUGGGCGGGGAGCCCGAGAGGAGGAUGUGGGUGGACCGCUACCUGGCCUUCAUGGAGGAGAGGGGCACGCCCGUACCCAUGCUGCCUGCCGUGGGCAAGAAGCCCCUGGACCUAUGCCGCCUCUAUCUGUCUGUCCGAGAGAUAGGAGGCCUGGCUAUGGUGAACAAGAGCAAGAAGUGGAGGGAGCUGUCUACCCACCUCAACGUGGGCACGUCCAGCAGCUCCGCCAGCUCUCUGAAGAAGCAGUACAUCCAUUACCUGUUUGCCUUCGAGUGUAAAGUGGAGCGGGGAGAGGAGCCGCCGCUGGAGAUACCGGGAGAAACCAAGAAACAGGCCCAGGCUCACCAGGCUAGGAUCCAGCCGCCCUCACCAGCCAACUCCGGCUCCCUGCAGGGCCCCCAUACCCCUCAGUCUACAGGCAGCAGCUCCAUGAGUGAGAUGCCAGAGGGUUUGAAGCGCCCCACCCCAGCCACCACACCCCACGGACACAUGACCCCACAGCCAGGCAACAGGAACAGUGGUGGUAUCCGUGUCCAGGAUCCCUUCUCAGAGAUCAGUGACCCUGCCUUCCACAAGCGAGGGCCCAUGCCCUCUGGCGCCCCCUACCAGCAGAGUGGCGGUAGUUCAGACCCCUCCAUGAGGAUGCAGUACGACGCCAACAAGGACCUUUAUGGAGGGCCCCAGAAAGGGCCAGGGGGCAGUGAGUCCUAUGGACCAGGUCAGAUGCCCAGCGGUGCCGUACAGGACAUGUACCCCUGUGGUCCUCCCUCAGGAGCCAUGCCAGGGAUGGGCAUGGGCCCCGGCCCGCGGCCACAGUACCCCUACGGGCCUGGCUACGACAGAAGACCAGACCAUGUGAUGGGUCCAGAGGGGGGUAUGGCUCCCCCUGGGGGUCAGAACAAUAUGGGACCUUCCAGCGGUGACCCCAGCAUGUACUCUGCCAACAGAUACCCUCAGCAGAGGCCACAUGGACAUGAGAGUUACGGGCAGCAGCAAUACCCUCACGGCCCCAUGCCCUACGGCUCUCACCAGCCUGGAAUGUAUCCACAGCAACAGGGCUAUAAGAGGCCAGUAGGACCAGAGGUUAUGUACGGUCCCCCUGCUAAGCGCCAUGAGGGUGAGGCCUACGGCAUGCAGCAGUACGGAGGGCAGCAGCCAGGCAUGUACAGCCAGUACGGAGGGAAUUACAUGGGGCCAGAGCGCAGGCCCAUGCAGGGCCAGUACCCUUACCCCUACAGCCGAGACCGCAUGGGAGCCACCCAGGGGCCACAGCAACACGCCAUGAUGAGCGGAGGGCCCCCUGCUUCUUCCGGAGCCUCUGCAGAGGGCCCACAGGUCAACAUGUGGCACCCUAGGACAGACAUGGGCUACCCCGGGCCUUACCGUGGCCAACUGGGCCAGGGGCCCCCUUACCCUGGUUUGGGCCGGGGCCCAGGGGAUGACCCAGAGGGAAGGAGCUCCCCAGAUGGGCAGUGGCCCCCUGGACCUCCAGGCCAGCACCAGCCCCCGUAUCCACCCCACUCCUCCUCGGCCUCCUCCAUGCCCCCAAUGGCAUCCAGACAGCCCCCCUCCUCCUACCAAUCCAACCCCGCCAUGGCCAACCACAUCUCUAGAGCCCCCAGCCCCUCGCCCUUCCCCCGGCCCAUGGGGGGAUCCGGACCCCUGUCCCCCAACAAUGGGGGCCCCUACAUGGCAUCUCUGAAGAAGGCAGGGAUGCCCGGAUCCAUGCCAGGCUCACUCGGCGGAGGGAUGUCAGGGCAGGGCAUUCUGCCUCUCCACAGAGAUAUCAGCUUCCCCGUGGGGUCAGUGGAGGCCACCCUGCCCAAACUCAAGGCCCGACGCAGACUUACCUCCAAGGAGACCGGAACUCCGGAGGCGUGGCGCGUGAUGAUGUCCCUGAAGUCAGGUCUGCUGGCGGAGAGCACGUGGGCCCUGGACACCAUCAACAUCCUGCUGUAUGACGACAGCACUGUGUCCUCCUUCACCCUCGCACAGUUGCCUGGCUUCCUGGAGCUGAUAGUGGAGUACUUCCGCCGGUGCCUGAUCUCCAUCUUUGGGAUCCUGGAUGAGUAUGAGGUGGGCACAGAGGGACAGAGGACUCUGCUAGGACCAAUCGCAGACCAGGAGGAAGAGCCUGCCGUUCCAGAGCUCGGUAGCCAAUUACGCGAAGAGCGGAGGGGUAGCAGGCCAGAAGAGGCGGGGAUAGAGAAGCCCACAACCAACGGCAGCACAGAGGAGGCGGUCCCAGAGGGAAAGACGGAGGAGGUGACUGUGAAAGAGGAGAAUGUAGAAGGGGAAGAAUAUGAGGUGGGGGCAACCACGGAGCAGUCUGAGCCUCCCCAGCCCGAGGGGCCCCCAGAGCCGAGGCCCAAACAGGCCAGUAAGUAUGACAAGCUGCCUGUGAAGGUGGAGGAGAAGAGUGCGGAGGAGGACCAGGUGGAGGAGCGCCAGGGACUCAGCCUGCCCAGGGGCUUCAGCUCCGGCCUGCUGCACUGGAAGGCUGGAGGGGGGGACUCCACGGCCCACAUCCAGACACACUUCGAGAAACGCAGCGAAGAGACGCACAGCAAGCAUACAGAGGAGAGGGUUGGAGAGCAGGAGGAGGAGAGGAAGGUGGAAGAAGGGGCCGUUGUAGAGAAGACCAUGACUGAGACAGCCACCGUGGACGAUAUGCUGAGUGCCCGGCCAGGCUCUCGGUCUCUGUCAGAGAGGAACGAUCUUACUGGGAUGUUCUCCUUUGUAGGAGGGGCGCAGACCCAAAGCCCUAUCUUGACCCUGCUGGAGGACGAGCCUCGCUGCUGGGACGAGGCGCCCCUCUCCACGGCCGAACCCUGGCAGGACGCCCUGGCCCGCCGCUGUGUCUGUGUCUCCAACAUCGUCCGCGGCCUCUCCUUCAUCCCGGGGAACGACAACGACAUGUCCCGCCACCCGGGCCUGGUGCUGAUCCUGGGGCGGCUGGUCCUUCUGCAUCACCUGCACCCCCAGAGGAAGAGAACGCCCCCCAGCUACCAGAGAGAGGAGGAGCAGGGCCGGGCCUGCAGCAAAGAUGAGUGGUGGUGGGACUGUUUGUCAGCCCUCAGGGAGAACACUCUGGUCACCCUGGCUAACAUCUCAGGUCAACUAGACCUGUCCCUCUACCCAGAGAGCAUCUGUCUGCCCAUUCUGGACGGGCUCCUCCACUGGAUGGUGUGUCCCUCUGCCGAGGCCCAGGACCCCUUCACCACAGCGGGCUGCUCCUCCUCCCUCACCCCCCAGAGAUUAGUGCUGGAGUGCCUGUGCAAGCUGAGCAUCCAGGACAACAACGUGGACCUCCUGCUGGCCACGCCGCCGUUCAGUCGUCAGGAGAAGCUCUACGCCACCCUGGUGCGCCACGUGGGGGAGCGGAAGUCCCAGGUGUGCCGGGAGAUGGCGGUGGCUGUGCUCUCUAACCUGGCGCAGGGGGACCCCACGGCGGCGCGUGCCAUCGCUCUGCAGAAGGGCAGCGUGGGAACACUCAUCGGCUUCCUGGAGGACUGCGUGGCCAUGGCCCAGCACCAGCAGGCACCCCACAGCCUGCUACACCCAGCACCAAUCCCCCACCCCGAACCCCCCAGCGUUAACAUGAUGUGCAGGGCCGCCAAGGCUCUGCUGGCCAUGGCCAAGGUGAAGGAGAACCGGCCAGAGUUUGUUCUCUACGAGAGCAGGCUACUGGAUAGCUCUCUGUCCUCUGUGCUGAGCUCGGCCGUGGCGGCCAUCAUGUGUGAAGUACUGUUUAAAAUUGGACGCUCCUCGUGACAGCCACAGGCAAAGACACAGAGGGGGGAGGGGGUGCUUGGUCUGACAACCAAGCUACAGUGAACAUGAACAUGGGUGUGCGUGGUAUAUUUUUAUUUAAAUAAAACACAAAAAAUGUUUUUACAUACAAAUAAAUAUAUAGAAUAUAUAUAGCUCCUAUGCCCCAUUCACAACCUUCAUUUGGGAUUUUUAAAUCAUUUUAAUACAAAUAUUUAAUACUUUGUAUUUUACAUUUUUAUCUAUUAUUUUUAUUUGUCGGUUUGUUUUUGUUUUAACCAAAGUUGGCACCCGAUGAUAGAGAACGUACUUUAGUUUUGGGGUCUCUUGCUCUUAAAAAAAAUGUUUGGUAAUUAUGCGUGGCUGUUUGUCUGUGUGGGAUCUUUCUGAUGGUUGUUUUCUGCGGGAAGAAGCAGACUUAUUUAAAUUGUGAAUCAUGUUGUAGAUAGACCUCUUAUGUAUUAAUGUAAAGAGAAAAAAAAAACACUGACUUAACGCUGAAUAUACAAAUCAUCAUGUAUCCUGUUCUGGGGGAAGAAAAGUAUAUGGUGCAAAAGGAUUAAGGGCCUGACUCAAUCAGAUCCACUUCAGCCGACAUCCGCAUGGCUGAUGUUUUUUGACGGUGGAACUGCGUUAGAGCUGUCAAAUCAGCAGCAUACAACCCUGCAUCCCACUGCUGGCUUGCCUCUGAAGCUAAGCAGCGUUGGUCCUGGAUGGGAGACAAGAUGCUGCUGGAGGGCCAGUAGGAGGCACCCUUUCCUCUGGUCUAAACAACAAUUUCCCAAUGCCGUGAUUGGAAAGGGGGAUACCUAGUCAGUUGUACAACUGAAUGCAUUCAACUGAAAUGUGUCUUCCGCAUUUAACCCAACCUCUCUGAAUCGGUGAGGGGGGCUGCCAUAAUCGACAUUGCCCUGUGUGACAUUAAACGGGUGUCCUAACUCUCUGUGGUCACUAAAGAUCCCCUGGCACUUACUGUAAGAGUAGGGGUGUUAACCCCUGUGUCCUGGCUAAAUUCCCAAUCUGGCCUUCAUACCAUCAUGGCCACCUAAUCAUCCCCAGCUUCCAAUUGGCUCAUUCAUCCCCCUUUCUCUCCCCUGUAACUAUUCCCCAGGUCGUUGCUGUAAAUGAGAAUUUGUUCUCAGUCUACUUACCUGGUAAAAUAAGGGUUAAUAAAAAUCUACAAGUGGCUCCUGGCAUCAUACCUAAAGCAAACAUUGCCAUUGGCUGCACGGAGUCGCAUUAAGAAAAAUCCCACGCAGCCUUGUUUACAAGUUUGAACACUGGAAUGUGAGAUGUAAUCUACACCUUGAUUAUGGGUGAUAGAAUUCCUCAUUAUUUAGUUUGAAUGAUUUUCAAUUCGAUGGGUGUGGCUUCGUGAAAAUAACAAGAGCAGCUGCUCACCAAUUUGACAGCACCAACGCAGUUCCACCUCCGACACCGCUAAAACAUGAGCUAUAUGGGUGUCGGCCAUCGCUGGUUAACGCUUGAUCAGAUUGUAUUCAGGCAUUAGUUGGCUUGUUUGGGGGAGAUUAUGAAAUGUGAAGGACUUUUGACCAUAGGCAACUUACCAUAAGCAUUGCAUAAUAAUAUUACAAUACCAGUAUAUGAGUCACCCUGUCCAACUGACUUACUUCCUGGUAACCAUAGCAACAGACAGGUAAACUCAAACCCACGUGCAGUACUUCCCUCAGUCUUAUUUUUUCCUUUUAUAUAUAUAUAUAUAUAAGCCCAUUUGUAUAUAGAAGUUGUAUAUUCAGACAGCCCUGUUUGGUUUCUUCUCCGAGAGAUGUGGUAUAGAGAAGUGAUGGUAGUUGAUCAUUAUAAUGGAUGUUAUGAUUACUUUGUAUUUGAAUAAUGGAUAUUUAGUGACCCUUCAACUGGAGGUCAGUCAUUUUAUGUAUUUAAAAUAAUUAUGUUGACUGACUGACACAGGUCUCUUGACAUAUAGGGAUGAUUUCAGUCUGACAGACUAGUUUUGACACACUUAUUUAGAUUGUACAGUCAGCUACCUAAUAGAUCACAAUGGGCAGAACUGUAUUCCGGAAUUGAAUUGUUAAAAAUCAUGUCCGACUGACAGUUAACAUUCGAUGAACAUUGUUUAUUCAGUAAAAUGUUUAUACUAUAUGUUCCACAUGUUAAGAAUAAAUGUACAUGAAAUCUG